UCUCUGGUUUAAUGUCUACAGGCGAUGUUUUCCACUGACCUGAUUGAGUCCAAACAGGAGCGGGUUGCCAUCAAUGGUGUUGAACCACAGAUGGUUGGCAUGCUGGUGAAUUAUGCUUACACCUCGGAGGUCUUCAUUUCCAAUGCCAACGUACAGGCUCUGUUGGCAGCAGCCAACCUGCUGGACGUUAUGGCUGUCCGUGAAGCUUGCUGUCAUUUCAUGGAGCGUCAAAUGGAUGAAAUGAACUGUGUGGGAAUCCACUGUUUUGCUGAGGCCCAUUCCUGUAAGGUUCUGUCCAAACGAAGCAUGGACUACAUUCUCGAGCACUUCAGCAGUGUUUACAAGCAGGAUGAGUUUCUGUCUUUGUAUGUGGACAAACUGACAGAAGUUAUUGCCAGUGAUCAUCUCAAUGUGCCCAAAGAGGAGAUGGUGUUUGAGGCUGUGCUGUUAUGGCUGAAUAAAUGUCCAUCCCGCAAACAGAUAUUUGAAAAGGUCCUGGAACAUAUCCGCCUUCCUCUGAUCAGCCCUUACUACCUCCACGAUAUGAUUGAGUCUCUAGAUGUGGUGAAAGACAGUUAUGGUUGUCAGAGGCUUAUCUCUGAGGCAAAGGACUACCUGCUACUAAAAGAUCGCCGUGGGGAGCUCUACUGCUCCAGGGCCAGGCCACGCAGAUCCACGGGGACAGCAGAAGUCAUUGUGACUGUGGGCGGGGAGGAUGACAAGGUGGUGCUGCGCAGCGUGGAGAGCUUCGAUCCUGUAAUGAAUCAGUGGAAGAAUCUAGCCUGUCUGCCUUUCGCUGUGAGUAAGCAUGGCCUGGUCGUGUCAGACUCGACUCUGUAUUUGGCAGGAGGUGAGUUUCCUGACGGCUCUGCCAGCAGGGAGAUGUGGCGUUACGACCCCUGUUUGGACUCAUGGAUGGAGAUGGCGCCCAUGAAUGUAGCUCGCUCAGAAUUAGGACUGGUGAUGCUGGAUGGCUUUGUGUAUGCAGUUGGGGGAUGGGAGGGCCGCUCCCGCCUGGACUUGGUGGAGUGCUACAACCCUCACACUAACUCAUGGGAGUUCACAGAGUCUGUCAAGAUGGCGGUCACAAGUCCUGCUGUGGUGGCCCUGGAUGGGCUCCUCUAUGUUACCGGUGGCGCUGUCCUAGAGGAUGGAGAUGGCACAGACCUCGCACAGGUCUACAACCCUAAAACCGGCAAGUGGACAGAAGUCGCCCCAAUGCAGAUUGCUCGAUCUGGUUCAGCAGCCUGCAUACUCAAAGGAAAGAUCUACGUCAUAGGUGGAUGGCACGCUUCAACAGAGAACACAGACAAAGUGGAGUGUUACAAUCCCAAGACCAACCAGUGGACGAUGUGUGCCCCAAUGAAAGAGCGGCGAUACCGACCCGGCGCCGCUGUGGUGGAUGGAAAAAUCUAUGUCCUGGGAGGAGAAGAGGGCUGGGACAGGUAUCACGACACGAUUGAGCGAUACUGUGAUAAGACGGACACGUGGGAGCUUGUCGGGGAGAUGCCCACCAGCCGCAGCUGGCUUAGCUGUGUGUCUCUGCAGCUGGGGAAAAACCAGGCAACCAGCUGUCCCGGGACGCCACGAGACAGCUGAGGGGUAAAGACUCUGCCGGCCCUUGGAUUUUUAUUUAUUUAUUUUUGGUGGUGCAGUACAGUGUUGCUCUGAGGAUGAGCGCUGGAAUGGCGCCACCUUGGAUUCACCUCAGAACCAUUUUAAAAUGUGCCAAAAGGUGAGAAACAUUUACUCUGGAAUUGUUCACAGACUGAAGUGCCAUGCCCUCAUAAGCGUGCCAACAGAGGAAUCUAGCAACCGAUUCCAUGUGACGUAAAUCAGGGGAUUGUUUUAUGACUGUGCAGUCACCACCACAGCCAACUUAGUUUAUCUUUUUUUUACGGUUCUCGUUAUUUAUUUAGUUUGUGUUAGAGAGACUGACUGUAAAAACUGCUAUUUUUGCAAUUGCAAAAGAUGCUAGAGGCCAGAACCUCUGAGUAUUUUUGAGUCUUUGAAAUCGUUGUGAGCAGUUUAUUAAAGGAGCUGAAGGAUUGUCUUUUCUUUAAUUGUAUGUUGGAUAUAUUUUUGUAAUGUGUAUUUUGCAUUUUGGUGAAUAUUAAUAAAGAUGUUUAUAUGGUGAA